AGGUUCUUGCGCGGCCGCCGUUUUCAGCAACAGUCCGUGCGUUGUUUCUCUCUUGUGAACAGUAAACUGGAUCGAAAAUAGAAGAGUAGAAGAACAAAGAAAACUUCCGUACGCGGUGCUAACGACGACACCCGCCCAAACGCGCGAGCUCGUCUCCCCCAUAAUACGUUCUGGUUGGGCUCUCGCACGCGCAGUCGUGCCCGCCACUGAACUCGCCGCUCCAACAACACACGCACACACACGAUGCGCUUCGAGGUGGCGCACACGGCAUCUACGCACACCCCGCUGACGUGCAACUGCCUGCUGCGUGCGCACGCCGCAACGGCGUCAUCCGUGUCACGCGAAUCGACAGACCCAACGGGUAGCCGGACAGCCGCGUAUGUGUUCCACGUCGCCUCCUACGAAUUGCAGUCCAGCUCUGCGUCACCUGCAGCCGCAUCCGUGGACAGCAGCGGCCCGCACCACACUGGGGAGUGCGCGACGUACGUCUGCACGACGGAUGCCCGCACUCACAGCACCGCCCUAACGCAGCAGCUAAGUUCCUCUAUCGGUGGGGUGCCGUCGAUGCCAGGUGUGUUCGACCUCGUCUCCGUGCCCUCGAGCUUCCUCCAGCCGAAUCGCUCGUCGACGGACGCACUUCAAUGCUAUUUAGCGGCGGCCUGCACCGACGGCAGCGUCCGACUGUUUGACCCCCUUACCCUCGCCUCUGCGCUCGACCCUUUGACUCACAUUCACGCGGAGAUGAUCACGAGCUGCACGCCGCUCUACGCUGAGGGAGCCACUUCCACGGCAGCGGCGCAUCUCCUGUGCUCUGCGCACACCGGCGCUGUCGUGCUGUACUCCAUCGAGGAGCGCCGCGUGACGCACGAGCUGGAGGGGCACGAGUUUGAUGCGUGGUGCACGGCGGUGCUGCCGACGGACGGGCGGUGGCUGGCUGCCUCCGCUGCUCCUCCUUUUCAACCCUGCAGCGGCAAUGACGCCCACGAUGAUGAGGAAGACGGCCCUUCCGAGUGGGAGAGGGAGGAGAAAGGGCCAACGAGUGCGGCUUUGCUAGCCUCUGGUGGCGAUGAUGGUUUGUGCAAGCUGUACGACAUGCGGUGCAACUGCCGGCGGGCAACGAGCCGCAUGCGCUUCGACGCGGGUGUGGUCUCCAUCACACCGGUGUUGGACACAGGCGGCAACGGCGCAGCGACGGCCCUCCCCACGCCGUACCUUCUUGUCGGCUCGUACGACGAGUCGAUUGCGCUGGUCGAUGUGCGCAACAUGCGUGCCCCAGUGGCACGGCGUGGCGGGCUGGGCGGCGGGGUGUGGCGUACGUCGCGUUGUCUCUGUCCCCUCUGGCCGGCGGAAGCGCCCUCUUCCUCUUCACUCCUCGCGGACUGCCGCAAUAGGAAUCUCGCGCUGAUGGUCGAAAACGCCGCUGCCGAUCGCACCACGGUCGCGUCCUGUGGGUGGGUGAACACGUCCAACGUGUUGGUGCUGCCGCUGAUGCAACGCGGCGCCGCGCUGCUGCCGUACGACGUGCGCGCUGCCUCCACCGAAGUCUUCGGCGACGCACCGCUAGACCACUUCAUGCCGGACGAGGAAGCGGGGGCGGAGCAGCGGGCAGUGACUGCGUGCCGCCCCGCAGUGACCGAUAUGACUUUGGUGUACGACAUCGCCGUGCUGCAGCCUCUGACGAGCAGCGACAAGACUGCAGUGGUGGCGACGGCGUCGUUUUAUGAGAAGCGCAUCGACGUGUGGUCGGUGCGUCCUGCACAAGUUUGCUGA